AUGCGGUACUACGCUUCCGGAGAGAGUCGUGAGUCGUACAUCACGGGCAUCCGCCCUGGUGGCCGAUACGGUACUGUGCACGAUGUGGAGAAGCGCCGCGACAACCUGCCAGAGAACGUCUUUCACUACAUCAAGGAAGGCGUGCAGCGCGAGGAGUGCCUGCGCCGUAACGAAGAGGAGGCGCGCGCCCGCAUUCGCUUAGAGAUGUUUUCUAAGAAGCCCGGCCAGCAUCGCGGCAAUGUAGCCACGAUCGCAGCUGAGAGCGGCAGUGACGCUGAGCAGUCCGAAGCUAUGUCGCAGCUCGAGCGUGAGACGCAGACCCGCGAGCGGCGCGCCGCCUUGCAGGAACUCUACCAGCGCGAUCGAAGGGAAUGGGAGGUGCGCCUUGGCUCACGCGGACUCGCCACUCAGCGUACUUAA